AGAGUGCUCUCUGGUUGGGUGAGGCAACCACCAUGGAUACCGUUGCCACGGCUGAGAGGAGAUAGUAGAUAACAGCAACGGUCACCUUGUCCUUUGUAUACGACCCACUGACAACAGCCGGUCUUCUUGGUCUCCUCUGCUCUGCUCUGCUCUGCUCUCAUCUCUCAUCUGGAUGGAGAGAGCCGCGUCCAGAAGACCCACACCCUCGCCACAAGUCUCCGGCUCCGGCCCUCUUCUUCUCCCCUCACCCUCCCAGCCUCCACCUGGAGAGAUCCGCGGACCAGCUGAGCUAAGCUGAGCCAGCCAUGGUCUUCUGGGAGCGCGACUGGUGGCGCAAGUGGUGGGAGAAGCGCCAGCGGGACUGCUGCGAGUGCGAGUGCGAGUGCAGCUGGACCAAGGCCGCCGUCUGGCUGGCCGUACUGGCCGUGACCGGGGGCGUCCUCGCCCUCCUCAUCCUCGCCUUCGCCGUCGUCAAGCCGCCCACGGCCAGUGCCGACGACGCCCUCCUCACGCGCUUCGAGCUCGCUACGUCCCCCAACGCCACGGCGAGGCCGCCGCUCCAGCUCCUGUCGUACAACGCCACGGUGACCAUCUCCCUGCGCAACCCCAACCUGCACUACGGCAUCACCUUCGGGGCCGUGGCCGCGGCCUUCUCCUUCAACGGCACCCGCUUCGACGAGUCCGGCACCGUGCCGACCAUCAGCCUCGCCGCCCGGAAGGAGACCACGGUGCGCCUCAGGGUCGGUGACGUCGGCCGCGCCCUGCCCAAGCUGCCGGCGGCCGGUGCGACGGAGUUUGCCAAGCAGAAGGAGGCCGGCGUGUUCGAGGUGGAGGUCCGGCUGGACACGGUGAUGCAGUACAAGGGGCGCAAGACCAAGUGCCCCCUGGUCGUCAUCUGCCCGCUGAGCCUGCAGCUCGUCGACCCGGACGUCGCCGCCACCGCCUUCCAGAAGACCAAGUGCACCAUCCUCAGGGCCAAGAUCUCCGGCUGCUAGCCCCGCGCCCCCCAUUGUCACUUGUUGUUUUGGUUUGGUUUCAUUCCCUGCUGUAAAAAUCGAUCGUUGCUCGACUGUACUUAACCAGUACUCCCUCCGUCCGGAAAUACUUGUCCUAAAAUUAAAUAUAAUAGAUGUACCUAUAACUAAAA